AUGGCGGGCCUUGUCCUUUUAAGCGGCGUUUUACCCCGGAUUUUGGCUUGUUAUUUGAAUCAAAAGAUUUACAAGAUGAUAGACCACGUCCUGGGCCGGCCAUCCACACAGUUCAGGAAAAUACAAGUCCUGACUGUGGUGUCAUUUUGGUCUCUAUACCUAUUCAGAGGCAACAACCACGGCCCUCCAGGCCUCCGAAACCUCUCAACCCGACUCCGAGACCGUCUCACUCCAUGGCAGACGAUGGUCAUAACCCUCCUAUGGCUCUACGUAGCCCGCAAUUUCUCCAAAAUUAUGGGCUUUGAAAGCCCCGAACCUUUGGCAAAUCUUUAUUCAAGGUCUUACUUCCGCGCAACAUGGAUCACAACCGCGCUCGAUGCCGGAUUCUGGACAGCCAUGAAAAUACGACCCAAAUGGUUACGCGAUAUCGCGUCGAUGGUGUUCAGUCUCUACUACCUGGUUGCUGCUGAACAGGCAGAUGAAAAAGUGCGUAGGGUACGCGCUACAUUGACCGUGGAACAUCUACGAGUUUCAUGGAAUAAGGCUACGACGCCGUAUCUGUCUGUAUUGAAUGCGGCUGUACGGCCUAGAUAUACGAAAUACGCGCCGAGACAAAUCAGGAUUGCGCGACUGAGGGAGUCGGCGUAUCGAGAGCCAGUUAAUGCAUGGCUUUAUUUCGAUGGUUCACUGGCCGAAUUACGGGAACAGACACAGCUCGUCCUGGAUAUUCCCGGUGGUGGAUAUGUGGCUAUGAACCCCCGGACAGCGGACGAUAAACUCCUAGCUUGGGCUGGAAAGACUCGAGUUCCGAUUUUGAGUCUGGAUUAUAAAAAGGCUCCCGAGUUCCCUUAUCCUAAAGGCCGUUGUGUCGGUCUUGCUGGUCAUAGUCGGCCUCAUAUCGUCGUCUCGGGUGACAGUGCUGGUGGAAAUCUGGCCACGGGCAUGACAAUUAUGAUAUUGCAGUCUGGUAGGACUGAAGCUAGGAAAUGGUUAGGUGAAGUCCCGCUUCCGGCACCGGAUGGAUUGGUUCUGAUUUAUCCUUCGUUGGAUAUGAAUAUUGGUAGUUGGAUGACGGAGGAGCAAAUGUCUUUGAUACAGGAUAGGGGUAUGCGAAGGACGAAUGAGAAUGUGUUACGACGGAAGAGUGAGGAUUAUAGUCGCCUGACACCAAAGUCUUCGCACUCGCUUUCAUCUGGUCAUCACGACUCCUCUCCGGUAAAGGACUAUUUCAGCAGUCGUCCUCAACCGGUCGACAAAACUGAUCCAACCUCUCAAAACCAACCAACUCAAAUAAAAACCCGCAUAGCAGUUUCUUCCAUGAUCUCCUAUUUCGGCGACCGAAUCCUCACUCCCGAAAUGAUGCGCGCAAUGAUAAUCCUCUAUAUCGGCCCUCACAACCGUCCAGACUUCAAGACCGAUUUCUUACUCUCACCCAUCCUUGCCCCGGACGCGAUUCUGGCCGCGUUCCCCAAAACAUAUUUCCUCACUGGAGAACGAGACCCUCUCGUCGAUGACACGGUCAUCUUUGCAGGACGUAUUCGACAAGCAAAAUUACACCGUUUCCGCGAACGGCAGGAACUUGCGUUGGAAAAGUCUAGAGUCGAAUUUAAUGAAAAGGACUAUGUGGAGGUUAAUUUGAUCCCAGGGAUAUCGCAUGGAUUCAUCAAUUUUCCGGGUAUUUUUCCGGAUAGUUGGAGACAUAUUCAUAAAUGUGCGAGGUGGAUUGUAGAUUUGUUGCAGUUGGCUGCUGAGAGGGAGCUUAAAGCUUCGGUUUCUAGUGUUUCUUCUACUGCUCCUGAAAAGAGUUUGAAGACAUCUGAUCCCAACGGCCAGGAAAAACGACAUGACACAGAAAGUAGACGCAGUUCUCUCGCAGAGUCAUCGGCCGAUGAAGAUCAUCCAUUGGAAAUGAACUUCACGCCUAUCAAGAACACCAAUAUCAUCAGCAAAGACUCAGACAAGAAAGCAAUCUCCACAAACACACAAACCAAGCCCUCGGAUUCAUCGAACCUAAAAGAUAUAAAACAACGCCGUCCCCGGCGACCAUCACUGAGUACUCCAAACAAACCACUCUCAUUCCCCCUGCAACUCCCAUUACUCAAAACAAUCAAUAAAUCAGCCAACAGGACCGGCCCAAAAGAGUAUUAUGACGCUCAAGACAACGAUGAUGAUGAUGCAAACAGUGCCGUAUCCGCCGAGAAUGGGAAGACGUUUACUCGGUUACCGAGUGAGGAGGAUUUGAUAGGGAGACGAAUGGAUGGGUUGGCGGGUGGAUUGAUGGGGUUGGGAGAAGGUGUUAGGACGCCUUGAUAUGGAUAUAUGAUUGGGAUAUAGAAUGAUAGUGAUUUCGAACGAAUAGAUAUGCUGUCGUGAUGAUAGGAAGGA